CUACGGUUCUGUGCCUGUCAGCGAACCGAGGCGAUGGGGUGCAUUUUGGUGAUGUUGUAGAAUCGCGUUGCAUUUCCUCAAUCCAGACUUGCAAACGACUGUUUGCUGAUAAGUACAGCAUGCAAGCUGCUACAGGUGAUCGUGCCAAUGACUAUGCGGGGCAUUGUGAAACAGCAAGCCCAAAUUCCGAUACCCCUUUCAACGUGUCAACAAGCUCGAACCAAGAAACGUUGAAAAACUUCUCUUCAUUGAGUGAGGAUGACGAUCUUCAUUCUCAAGUUGAAAAGAUGAGGGGGUAUCUCGAUUACUAUUGUGAUCAAGUCAACCUUUUAAAAAAAAUGGUUGAAGCUCGCGACUCGACGGCAGCGCAAACAGAAGCAGAGGCGAAGGAAUAUCGUCGGCAGGAGAAGCUGAGAAAAUUGAAGACAACUUCCAAGGCAAUUGCAUCAGCAAACAAUUGGUGGGCUCGCUCGCAUGCGAUAAGGAUCCCUUACAGAAUGCACUCGAAGUUUGAUAAUCAAGUUGGAGCAAGCCAUCAAUCUAUCAUCCAGGAUUCAAACUUUCAUAACAAAGUCGCACCAGAUCAACAAAAUAUCGCUGAGGAAGAGUAUGAGAACAAAGAAAGAGAAAAUGCGGAGAGGCAGAAGGAGAAGGGAAAGAAGAAGGAGAGAGAAAAGGAGAGAGAGAAUCAAUUGGAGAAUCCAACAGAAAGCCAGGAAGGGAACGAGAAUAAUGGUGACAGUGUAGAUGAUGAUGAAUCCA